CCAAUAGGCCUAAAUCUAUGUGCUCACACAUCAUCUUUUCCAGAUUAAUUCUGUAGGCAGUAAUAGUACAAGUCAAGCUUUCAAUAAAUAAAUGAAAAUGGACCAACCUUAAAGCCAAUGAACCCUGCCAUACUCUAAUUCAAGCAAGCUCUCUCUUUGUAUAUACAUAAAAGCUUUAUCUUUUAUCCGUCUAUCAAUAUACGUUAAAGCUUUACCUUCAGCAGCCAUGGAAGCUCUCUCUCAGGUCUUAACUACCCUUAAAACCGUAACCAUACUCUGCAUCAAUCUCCUCCUCCUAAAAGUCACAGCUGCAAUUCAAUCUCUCAUCAGAAUAUUCUCCGGCCAACGCGUAUUCACCACCACCCAGUUCCUCAGUUACCUUGAACAAAUGAAUCCGGGGGUUCGCUACACAAAACUGCUCAUGAAGCUGCAGGAAACACCACCAGAAUUAUGUGCAGUGUGUCUAUCGGAGUUUGCUGUGGACGAAAUCGUAAGAGACUUGAAGUGCAAGCAUGUGUUCCACAAAGAUUGCUUGGACAAGUGGUUGCUGCAGUGCAGGUCUACUUGCCCACUUUGCAGGACUAAGUUGUUGCCGGAUGAAGUGGUCGCUGGUUAUCGCCGGUUGAAAGAUGAUCAGAUGGGGUAUGAUCGGAGCAAUGAGGAGAUUGUUUUCUUGGUAUCUCAUGAGAGACAGCAUAUGAACAAAGAAAUGCAAAGAAAUAUUAGAUUUUCAGGUUGACUAUUGCCAUUAGUGUUGAGGGACCUGAAUCAGGAAGGUCAAGUCUUUGCAGGAAGUCCUGGGCUUCAAUAUCUUGAGGACCUUAACCUUAGCUGCUUUGUUGGUUGUUUUCCCAACUAUAAUCAUGCUCUUAGUGAUUACCCAAGAUUAGUAUUUUUAAUAUCUGUAUCCAUUCUAUAUC